AUGGGGAAGGCGAAGCGAGUCCGGACGCUCGCUCCGUCAACUAAACGUGAGAGGGACCGAGACAUCAAUAACAUCGAGCUCAUCAAUAAGACAUCUGGAUGGAGUUAGACUGCUUAAUUAAAUAGGUUGCCUUGAAGGUAUUGGCCUCUCUGAAUUGAGACUCUUGAAUCUGAUGACCCCCCGUGGAGAGGAUCUGAAGGAAGACUCCUCAGCAUCUCCAUCCCCAGGACAGCGGCUCCCUCCCUCACUCUCACUCUCACUCUCACUCACACAUUAUAAGACUUGCUUUAUCUUUCCACGAUGGCGAUCAACACUGAUGCCGCCUUCGGGAAAAGUGCCCUGGGCGAGAGGGAAGUUUCGAACCCCACCGACUUCCAGGACACGGAGAAGCUGCUGGGCGCCCCCCCCACCGAGCCCAGCGGGCAGAGCAACGUCAAGUCCUGCGACUCCUUCUCCCUGAACAUCCGAGGGAGCAUGCGGUCCCUGGACUCGGAGCAGGUCGGACACAGGUCGCCGGUGAAGUCGGGCUCCGUGGGGCAUCUGGCGGCCCCACCCCGGUCCACGUCCCGGCUGAGCCUGGGCCCGCUGCCCACCCCGGUGCCGCCCGGGUCGGUGCCCCCCACCUACCUCUGGCUGGCCGUGCUGUCCUGCUUCUGUCCCGCGGUGCCACUCAACGUGUGCGCCCUGUGGUACGCCAAUGUGUCCAGGUCUGUUCUCACUAGUGGGGAUGUUGAAGGAGCCAGGAAAUAUGGGCGUCUGUCUAUGCUGUUCAGCUGUCUGGCAAUUCUGCUGGGUGUGGCUGUCAUCUUCUUCAUAGUGUUUACAAUAGAGCGCCAGUAGUGAACCGUGGGAUGGAAGGAGUCACACAACCGACUCCUUGGACUUCACCUGAUCUCAAAUUUGCACAGA